AUGGGAUUUCGUGUGUUGUGCGUGAGUAUGAAAAUUUUUGGUAUCUGGCCAAUACCAAACAGUCCAAGAGCCCAUUGUAUUUUUUAUCGUUUUUUAUGGUGGUUUUAUUUACUGAAUCAUUUGAUUCUAAUACUUCCGACUUUUCAUACAUUUCUGAAUAAUAAUACUGGUAAUGUAACCUUAGCUUCAAUUACUUGGCUGGAAAUGACUGGUAUGAUGGAAUGUAUGGUCAUAUUAAUUAACUUCAAGAUUCAAGAAAAACGUUUGAAGGAAUUAUUGCGUGUUACAAAAAAUCAGCUCAAUAGUACAGAAGCAUCGAUUUCAUUAGAGAAUGCGAAUUUAUAUGUGAUUAUAGUGUCUACAAUUGCAAUAUUAUAUAUCAUUGUAAUGUACAUGUAUGGAAAUAGACCAGAUCGAUCUACAAUUCUCACGACAACACGAUAUCCAUUUUCAAUUGAAUCAACCGCGCUGAAAGUUCUUAUAUUUUGUAAUCAAUUUAUCGCAAUGUCACAUACGGCGGUUGUAAUGGUUACAGAUGGAAUUUUUGUAUUAUUUUCAUACGUAUGUGCUGUACGACUGAAACUUUUGGAAAAGAAAUUGAAAACUGCAAAGAUCAAUAAGGAAUUGAAGCAAUAUAUUUGUGAACAUCAAAAUAUUUUAUUUUUAAUAGAAGAAACGAAUGUGCUCGUUGGAAUUAUGAUUGUGAAAAGUAUUAUAUGCUUCAUGUCUUAUAGUAUCGGCGUAGGACUGCAAAUUAUUGACCCAAAGGUAUCAAAUUUUGAAGUAAUGAAUAAUUUUCUGACGAUUGUGUUGAUUUACUUAAGGCUCUUUAUAUCGGCUGAAAGUGCCGAAACAAUGGCAACAGUUGAUACGUAGCGACCGCCAACCACAACGAACCUGGAAUGCAAUUGAACUGUCGGAAUUAAGAAAAAUCGCGC